CUCCCCGGCCCCAGCGCGCACCACUCUGGCGCUCCCGUGGCGGCCUCUCGUGCGAUCCAGGGCGCGCAGGCCCUGGAGAGCGACCCGGGGUCCCAGCUCUCGGCGCGGGAGUUCAGAAGAGGGUGGUUCGCCGCCGCCGCCCGAGGGCCGGAGCGCGAGAGCAGCGAGCAGAAGAAGCGCCCUCCCGCCGCCGCCUCGCUGCCUCCCCGGCGCGCGCUCGCCCGGCUCCUAGGUUUGCUGGCUGCUCCUCCCACCCGCGUCCGCCUUCUUGCUCGCUCGCUCGCUCUUUCGAGCGGGUUUCCAAGCCCAGCGGUGCGCCCGGACCAGUGCGGGGCGAGGGGCCCCCUGGCCAGAACCGAGCCGGAAGGGGGGGUCCCGGCAGAGAGCAGCGGGCCCGGGAGGGGCCAUGUCCGGCGCGGGCGCCGCGGGGCCCAUCUGCUGCAAGUGACCUAGCGGCGUGGACCGCUGCCUGUCCCCCUCGCCACCUGGGGCGGCGCGGGCCCCGGUCCCGGGUGCCCAGAGCCCGGGUGGCGCGUAGAGCCGGCGCGAUGCACGUGCGCUCCCCGCUCGCCGCGGCGCCCCACAGCUUCGUGGCGCUCUGGGCGCCCCUGUUCCUGCUGCGCUCCGCCCUGGCCGACUUCAGCCUGGACAACGAGGUGCACUCGAGCUUCAUCCACCGGAGCCUCCGCAGCCAGGAGCGGCGGGAGAUGCAGCGCGAGAUCCUCUCCAUCUUGGGCUUGCCCCACCGCCCGCGCCCCCACCUCCAGGGCAAGCACAACUCGGCGCCCAUGUUCAUGCUGGACCUGUACAAUGCCAUGGCGGUGGAGGAGGGCGGCGGACCCGACGGCCAGGGCUUCUCCUACCCCUACAAGGCGGUCUUCAGCACCCAGGGCCCCCCUCUGGCCAGCCUGCAAGAUAGCCACUUCCUCACCGACGCGGACAUGGUCAUGAGCUUCGUCAACCUCGUGGAGCACGACAAAGAGUUCUUCCACCCGCGCUACCACCACCGGGAGUUCCGGUUCGAUCUGUCCAAGAUCCCCGAGGGGGAAGCCGUGACGGCGGCCGAGUUCCGCAUCUACAAGGACUACAUCCGGGAGCGCUUCGACAACGAGACCUUUCGGAUCAGCGUGUACCAGGUGCUGCAGGAGCACUCGAGCAGGGACUCGGACCUGUUCCUGCUCGACAGCCGCACCCUCUGGGCCUCGGAGGAGGGCUGGCUGGUGUUCGACAUCACGGCCACCAGCAACCACUGGGUGGUCAACCCCCGGCACAACCUGGGCCUGCAGCUCUCCGUGGAGACCUUGGAUGAGCAUCAACCCCAAGUUGGCGGGCCUGAUCGGGCGGCACGGCCCCCAGAACAAGCAGCCCUUCAUGGUGGCCUUCUUCAAGGCCACCGAGGUCCACCUCCGCAGCACCCGCUCCACAGGGGGCAGGCAGCGCGGCCAGAACCGCUCCAAGACGCCCAAGAACCAGGAGGCCCUGCGGAUGGCCAACGUGGCAGAGAACAGCAGCGCCGACCAGCGGCAGGCCUGCAAGAAGCACGAGCUGUACGUCAGUUUCCGCGACCUGGGCUGGCAGGACUGGAUCAUCGCGCCCGAGGGCUACGCCGCCUACUACUGCGAGGGGGAGUGCGCCUUCCCCCUGAACUCCUACAUGAACGCCACCAACCACGCCAUCGUGCAGACCCUGGUCCACUUCAUCAACCCCGACACGGUGCCCAAGCCCUGCUGCGCCCCGACCCAGCUCAACGCCAUCUCGGUGCUCUACUUCGACGACAGCUCCAACGUCAUCCUGAAGAAAUACCGAAACAUGGUCGUGCGGGCCUGCGGCUGCCACUAGCCCCCACCGGAAGUGAGACCCCGUGGGGCCGCGUUUUCCUGGGCCCCGCAUCUCACCGCCCCACGGCCCCGCCGCCCACCGCGGCGAGGAGCCAGCAGACCGGCCGCCCUAUGCCGCACCCUCCCGUCGCCUGCGCCGAGUUGGACGGUGCGGGAGCAUCAGGGACUCGGGGCCGCAAGUGACUUUUGAUCCGUGUUUCCUCGUCACCCCAUGGACUAGAGCCUUCCAGCUGCGGCAGGCCAAACCUAACAGGAAGGAAAAUGCAGGAAGAGAAACUGCCCGCCAGGGUCGCGGGCGGAGUCGUCUCGGCCGGGAGCCGCCCCGCCCCCCGGGUGACUGAGGGCGCCCAUUGGCCAGGCCGCCCCGCAGCGGCGGAAGGGGGCGUGGCGAGGGGUGGGCACGCGGGCGUCGGUGCCGAAGGAAGAGUGACGCGGAAGCUCCUGUAAUAAAUGUCCCAAUAAAACGAAUGAAUGAAAAUGGUUAGGAUGUUACAGAUAUAUUUUCCUAAACAAUUGAUUGCCAUUUCUUGGUUUGCUCUGAUUUCGUAAACAGAAGCCGCGGCCGGCGGAGGGCGGGGGAGAGGCCCCCUCUUCAUCCCACUUGGGUUUUUGUCUGAGGUUUCCAGAGACCCGGGGCGUACGUGGACUCGCCCAGACCCAAGACGGGGCUGGGGAGGGAAAGGGCAAAUUUCUGCUCAGAGGAAGGGGCGUGUUGACCUUGAAGGAAACCCGUUUGGUCAUCCAGCGGGGCAUGGGGUGGCAGAAACUAAAAAAUAGACACUGAAGCCCCAGCAGAUGUUUGCAAGCGGUUCUCCCGCACCCCUCCACGCCAGGACGCCAGUGUGAAGGGCAGCGUUCGGCCAGAACCUUCAACUUGACCCUGACCACUGACUGGCCCACGUGGCACUGUUUAAAGAAGCACCAAGGAAACCUAGCUCUCGCUGGGGCUGCCCUCUGUGCCCUAAGGAGGCUCAUCUGUGGUUCAUUACUGGCCGUGUUCUGAAGUCUGGGUUCGGACUGGGCCUCCGAGGACCCCUCUUUCUAUGGGAGGACCCCUACUGUGGGUUCUGCACGCAGUGGGCUCCUUGAAGCCUCGUGGGAGGGAUGCUAGGUGUCGGGUGUGCUGGGUGCGAAUCUCAACGGAAGGACCUAGAAGCUGUUUGAGAGUGAUGUCCUAAUCUAGCAUCCUGAUUUAGAGGUGCUGUUUCUGGCGUGGCUCCUGGCAAGGGCCUUCCUCCCCUUGGCCAGGGGGCCCCCUAAAUUGUGCACAUCCCACUCUGCCCCCAGCCCCAGCGCAGGGCUGGCAGCACAGGGGGCCGGCCGCCUGCGAACAAAGGCCGGGGUUCCCCAGCAGGUCCCUGGAGCCUGCCGUAGUGGGAACCGUUGUCCCUUCAUGACUCAGUGGGUCGCUGGAAACUCUGGGGAGACGUUGUUUGUUACUCCCUUUUGUUUUUUCUUCUCCAGUAGCGUGGGCUGCCACCUCCCCCCUGCCUGGCUCACAGGGCAGAGUUGCGGUUUGGGUUACACUUUGCUUUGUCUGUUGGCAGAUCUGAGGAUUUUCCUGUGAUUCCGUGUGGGUGCGAUCCCCUCUUGGUGCAAGUUUUCCCCCCCGUUAGGCCAAACAGCCUCUGGUUAGCAUCGUUUGUACAUUGAAAUGUGUAAAUAGUUGUUAUAAAGCAAAGAAGUUAUUUAUGUCCAUCAGAAGCUCCUUCUAGACCCUCCACCAGUCGCCUGUUUGGGACGAUGCUUUCGCUUCCCCCCAACCUGCUUAUGUUCUUAUUUAAGACUAUUUAUUAACGAUCGGACCGGUGUACCUCCAGCUGUUGCACAGAGCGGUCCUCGGCGAGAAUUCUGUAUAAAUAGACGAAAUAAAAAGGGUUUUGACUUUGCAAUAAAAGGAGGCAUUUGGUUCUGCUU